UAGUCGGCGGGCGCUGAUUGGGCGGCGCAUCCCCAGCGCAGCACCGGCGUGGAGGCCGCGGCCGAUUCCUUCCCUUCGGACUCGCGGCGUGAGCGUCAAGCCGGCCCGAGCCGGCGGAGGAGGUGAAAGGGUCGCCGCUGCCGCUGCCGCUCCCUUCGCCAUGGCUACGUCUUCAUGGGUUCCGAAGGUCUUUCGUUUUCUUGGGGGUUUCAGAAUUCAGAAACAGGUGACCCGAAAUUUUGCUAAUACUUCUCGUACGGUAACGUUGAUCCCAGGAGAUGGUAUUGGGCCUGAAAUCUCUGCUGCUGUGGUGGAGAUUUUUGAAGCUGCUAAGGUCCCUGUUCAGUUUGAAGAAAGAAUUGUGACUGCCAUCCAAGGGCCAGGAGGGAAAUGGAUGAUACCACAAGAUGCCAAAGAGUCUAUGGACAAGAACAAAAUAGGAUUAAAAGGCCCUUUGAAAACUCCCAUAGCUGCUGGCCACCCGUCCAUGAAUUUGCUGCUCCGUAAAACAUUUGACCUGUAUGCCAACAUCCGCCCUUGCGUGUCCAUCGAGGGCUACAAGACCCCUUACACGGAUGUGGACAUCGUCACCAUACGAGAGAACACGGAAGGCGAAUACAGCGGCAUCGAGCAUGUGAUUGUGGAUGGUGUUGUGCAGAGCAUUAAACUCAUCACCGAGGAUGCAAGCAAGCGGAUUGCUGAUUUUGCUUUUGAAUAUGCCAGGAAUAAUCAGAGGAGCAAAGUUACGGCUGUGCACAAAGCUAACAUUAUGCGAAUGUCUGAUGGCCUGUUUCUGAGAAAAUGCAGAGAAGUUGCAGAAAACUGUAAAGAUAUUAAGUUUAAUGAAAUGUACCUCGACACCGUGUGUCUGAAUAUGGUGCAGGAUCCAUCUAAGUUUGAUGUCCUCGUCAUGCCAAAUUUGUAUGGGGACAUCCUUAGCGAUCUGUGCGCAGGCUUGAUCGGGGGCCUUGGUGUGACUCCCAGCGGGAAUAUCGGUGCUAACGGAGUUGCAAUCUUUGAAUCGGUUCACGGAACGGCUCCGGAUAUUGCCGGGAAAGACUUGGCCAACCCAACGGCGCUUCUCUUGAGUGCAGUCAUGAUGCUGCGCCACAUGGAAAUGCAAGACUUCGCCAUGAAAAUAGAAACGGCCUGCUUCGAGACUAUCAAAGACCAGAAGGUCUUGACCAAAGAUUUGGGAGGCAACGCCAAAUGUUCAGAAUUCACCGCAGAGAUCUGUCGUAGAGUGAGAGCCAUGGAAUAGAGGUCUUCUCCGUGUCGUCCUGGUUUCAAUCCCUCCUAAAGGAUGCUGUUAUUUAUUACAUGUCACGUCCAUUUUUUUUUCUUUUUCUAGAAAUAAACUCCCAUUUCCAUUUUUGCUUGAAACAAUAAAAUGGUUAGCUACCCUUGCAUUUCAGACUCUUCCACUUUCCAGAAACACUCCAAAACUUGAAGUUUUUUUUUUUCUUCUCCCUCACCCCAGCAGUAGAAGACACUCCUCAAGCUGUCCUUAAGCCGCUUCCUGGCCUUAAAAUAGCACAAAAUUUAAAAAAAAAUUCCUUUGGAAAUAGAAUGAUUUUUUCAUUACUCACUCCUGGAGCCUGCCUUUCCAAAGCAUAAAGACUUAAAACUGAGCAUUUCAACUCAUGUACAUAAAAUGUCAAAUAUCCAGAUUUUAAGGGCAGAAGGAAUAUCAUUCAGCGGUAAAAAACAACUAUGUUAUCCUGUUGCAGCUUCAGUAUUUAUUUUUUUUAUACCUCAUCUCUGGCUUGCUCUAGCAUUUUCCAGCGCUGAUCCAUUAUAUCAAUUGCCUUUGUCCGCUGCUGAUUAUGAAAAGAAUGCUAAUGCUUUUUUUAAAAAAAAAUAUUUAUCUCGGUGAAUAUCAAAUAUAUAUUUUGGGGUUAGAAUGUAUCUGCAGGACGUUUGUAUCGUGCUUGGGGUUUAUACAGCUUUAGGUUAUAUUUCAUUGCGCUGCUCUGCGGUGAACUGGGUUUCAAGGCACUAUGGUUAAAAAAAAGAAAUCAGAAAUGUGUUCAGUGACAUGGAGGAUGUUGAGGGUCGCUUGAUUUGUUUUUGUUCCAGGUGAUGUGAACAGAAACACAAAAUGCAUGCUAAGGUUUGAGUUUUCUUGCACAAGGAUCAACGAAUGAAUCUGACUUUGUCUCGUGGGAACAGAUGUUGGUGGAAGAGAGAAAUUGCAGAGAUGCUGGUACGAAAGCAUCAAUACUUCUGCUGCCAAGGGCGCUUCCAAUCCUCCUUAAAGGAAAGGUGGAAUCUUUUCCUCUUUUUCUUGGAAGUUCUGUUGGCCUUUCUUGACGUAGAACACUACGAUGCAAACCUUUAGAACGGGAGUGUCCAACCUUGGCAUCCUUGAAGAAUUGCAGACUUCAACUCCCAGAUAGCCAUGCUGGCUGGGGAAUUCUGGGAAUUGAAGUCUGCAAGUCUUAAAAAGGUGCCAAGAUUGGACACCUCUAUUUCAGAAUGUCUUGCAUUGAUUUCCCUGCUUCUCUCUGUGGCACUUGUGGCACGUUCCCAUUUGGUUUCCAAAUUGGAGAUACGAGCUACGGCAGGACCAACGAUCUAACCAGGACUGCCAACUUCCAGCUUGGUGGGGGGGAUUUUUGGGAGGGAGGUAGUCUUCAUUCCUAUUGAAAUCACCCCGGCAAAACUGCUUGCAUUGCUACCAAGAAUUCGUUGGUCAGAAAAGUAGCCGUGAGGUAGCCAGCUAUCCUGUGUGUGAUUCUGCGCAGUGUUUAAUGCAGUUACUUUCGUAUCUUUGGUAUGGGCUGAAAACCUGGGAAACUCUGACUGAUCAGAAUGUGAGUUUUUGCAGCUGUCUGUAAUACAUGAGGUGGGGGCCAGCCAUUUGAUGCAUAACGAGAGGAAAAUAAAAGACUUUACAACGAAA